UCAGCCCCCUCACUGGGCCCUUGGAGGGGGGCACGUCGCUCACGGUGACGGGGUCCAACCUGGGCCAUCGCUUCGAGGAUGUGGCGGACACAGUGACAGUGGCCAACUUGCUGUGUGUCCCUGACCCAGCCCUGUAUCUCGUCUCUACUCGGAUUGUUUGUGAUGUACCCCCAGGAAAACCGGGGUUAUCCGGCCCCUGUCGAGGUCACCGUUGGGGACCGCCCACCGGGUGUUUCUGCCCAGAACUUCACCUACCAGGACCCCACGCUUCUCGACUUGCAUCCCCAUUUCGGCCCUGUCGCUGGAGGGACUCGGUUGACCAUCGUCGGAGAAGAUCUUCUGACAGGCGCUGAGAUUGCCGCCUAUGUCGGGGACCUCCCUUGCUUCCUCGAAGAACCUGUGGAGCCGCAGGCCAUCGUCUGCCGCACCAGCGCCACCACCAGGCCCCGGGAAGCGCGGGUCAAGGUCCAGUAUGGCAGAGUGCAGCGCCGGCUGCAGAAGACCUUCCGUUACGUGAAGAAUCCCCAACUCACCGGGGCGUUCCCGGCGACUAGCUUCCACGGGGGCGGACGGACCAUCUACGUGGAGGGGACCGACUUGGACGUGGUGCAGCAGCCGCUCAUCAAAGCAGUCCUGGAGCCCGAGGAGGAAGCGGCGAGCGGUCUCAGCCGGAAGAAGAGAGCCUGCGAUCUCCCACCGGGCCUUCAGGCCUUGUUGAACCAAGCUCCCCCACGCCCUUGUGUGGAGGUGGGGAACCUGCUGGAGUGCUGGGAACCUUGCUGUGCCAACUCGUCCACUCUCCUCCUCUGCCCGUCGCCCGCUGUGCCACCCGGCGCCCGCUUGCGCCACGUCCGUUUUGAACUGGAUGGCCUCCACGUCCCCUUCAGCAAUGCCAGCGGAGGCGAAGAUUUCACCUACCAGCCCAACCCCCAGCUCCGCUGGCCUGGCCGGGACUCUGGGAACCGCCCUUUCAGUCUUAAACCUGGCAAUGUCUUGGACAUAGAGGGAGACGGCCUGACCCUCGGCAUCAGCAAGGAGGAGGUGACCGUCAUCAUCGGCAACAGCAUCUGCACCGUCAAGACCCUCACCCUGACCCCAUUUUGUACUGCGAGCCCCCCCUGGAGCCCCCGCAGCCCCUGAACGCUUCUUCUGUGCUGCCGGAAUUCAUUGUGCAGAUGGGGAACCUGCGUCUGGACCUUGGCCGAGUUCACUACGACACGGAGCCCCCGUCCCGCUUUCCCCCCGAGGCCCAGAUAGGGUUGGGGGUGGGUGCAGCGGUGCUGGCCUUCGUGGUGUUGCUGCUCAUCUUAAUGUACAGG